AUGAAGCCCCUCAUCAGUGCACAUGGACCCGCCAACGACAGCGCCAGGAACAACUCAGACUGUCCUCACGUGGUGCUGCCGGACGAGGUGUUCUUCACCAUCUCCGUCGUGGGGGUCUUGGAGAACCUGCUGGUCCUUCUGGCCGUGAUCAGGAAUAAGAACCUCCAGUCCCCCAUGUACCUCUUCAUCUGCAGCUUGGCCGUUUCCGACAUGCUGGGCAGCCUGUAUAAGAUCUUGGAGAACAUCCUCAUCAUGUUCAGGAACACGGGGUACCUCGAGCCACGCGGCACUUUCGAAACCACCGCGGACGACAUCAUCGACUCCCUGUUCGUCCUCUCCCUGCUCGGCUCCAUCUCCAGCCUGUCGGUCAUCGCGGCCGACCGCUACCUCACCAUCUUCCACGCCCUGCAGUACCACAGCAUCAUGACCAUGCGCCGCACCGUGAUCAUCCUGGGGGUCGUCUGGACCUUCUGCACGGGGAGCGGCAUCACCAUGGUCAUCUUCUCCCAUCACGUCCCCACGGUGCUCACCUUCGCCUCCCUGUUCCCCCUGAUGCUGGUCUUCAUCCUGGGCCUCUACGUGCACAUGUUCCUGCUGGCCCGCUCCCACGCCAGGAAGAUCUCCAGGCUUCCCAGGACCAACAUGAAGGGGGCCCUCACGCUCACCAUUCUGCUGGGAGUCUUCAUCUUCUGUUGGGCACCCUUUGUCCUCCACAUCCUCUUGAUGACAUUCUGCCCAAACAACCCCUACUGUGCCUGCUACAUGUCUCUCUUCCAGGUGAACGGCAUGCUGAUCAUGUGCAACGCGGUCAUCGACCCCCUCAUCUACGCCUUCCGGAGCCCAGAGCUCAGGCAGGCCUUCAAAAACAUGCUCUUCUGCAGCAGGUGCCAGUGGAAGUGCUGA